CCUUGGGGCAACUCUUGACCCCUGGAAGUCUCUCUACCUAACAGUCACCCAGCCCUGAAGUAACUUGAUCCUUAAGGUUUUAGUGCCGCCCACUUCAGUACCCAGCCAAUUCCCUACAGUAAGGCCUUCUAGAGACAAACCCACCAACAGGAAAAGGAAACUCCUAGAGAAAGGGCGGGCCUACAGAACCAGGGUCGCAAGCAGCAACCAUCCUCCAGACGUUGCGGUUGUCCCAGAGUCAAUACCAUGAGCCACAAUUCCCAAGCCUUCUUGCCCCCCAAUACCGGACUUCCUCCAAGCUAUGAGACGAUCAAAGAGGAAUAUGGGGUGACAGAGCUGGGGGAACCCCACAACUCAGCUGUUGUGCGAACCACGGUGAUCAACAUGCCCAGAGAGGUCUCUGUGCCCGACCAUGUGGUCUGGUCCCUGUUCAAUGCACUCUUCAUGAACUUCUGCUGCCUGGGUUUCAUAGCCUACGCCUACUCAGUGAAGUCCAGGGACAGGAAGAUGGUGGGCGAUGUGAUUGGAGCCCAGGCCUACGCCUCCACUGCCAAGUGCCUGAACAUCAGCUCCUUGAUCUUCAGCGUCCUUAUGGUCAUUAUCUGCAUCAUUAUUGUCUCUACCACCUCUGUGGCAGUCUUUCAAGCCUUUUCACAAAGAAUACCACAUUCUGGAUUCUAAUCCUGCCCUGUGCUCCACUGUCCACAUCUGACCCUACCCCUGUGCUGAGGCCUUGACCCUACGCAUUUAUUUGCAAAUGUUACCUUCGCAUGUUUGUCCGCUGUGGAUUCAAUAAAGUGUGCAUAGUGGCAA